UUUAAUGGUAAAGGUCUAAAGAGGUAGGAGAUAAUGUGCUGAUGUGGUUAUCUCUGCGGAUGGAUCGUGGAAGGCUGUAUUGGAAAGUGACAACUUUGUGGAUCAUGUACAUGAUAAGACCCUUGAUUACCAGAAUGAUGGGUCUGAUCAUCAAGAACCUGUUGAUUCUCAAACGCAGUCCUCUUAUUUGGAUCUUACAGGGGACGAAAUGAAUGUAGAUGGCCCAUAUGAAGUCGAAGACAGGAAGCCUCCUCUCACCCAUCUUGAGAUUCAGUCUAAUGCUACAAGUUUAGCUAUGCCCUCGAACUUGAACUGUACUGCUGGAAAUAAUCAAAAUGUUGCUGCUCAAAUAGAGAAUGACUUUUGGUCCAGAGCAAAUUUCACUCAUGAUCUUGUCACGUCAAGUGCUAGGUCAAAUAUCCAAGUUAAUUACCCAAUCUCAGAGUCUGCUUCUCCCAAUUUUAUGACAUCUCCUGUGUUGACUGAUGCUAUUUCUCCUGCCCUUAAUCGAGAAGCUGACAUUUGUGGGAAUUCCUCUUUAGUCCACAACCAGUUUUCUGCUCCUAGGAAUAUGCAGUUACAACAGUCUCAACAAAUGAAUCAAACAAGUCAAGAAUAUGGACGAGCGCCAUCAAUACCAAGACAUGUAACUCGAGUUCCCAUAGCAGUUCAGGCUCUUCCAGCCCCACCCCAGAUACAAACUCCACAACAGAGAUCGGGAAGUACCAUGACCAUCUUGUUACCCAAUGGUUCCAGCCUGCCUUCACAGCCUUCCCCUCUGGCUAUACCUGCAGUAGAUGGUUUUAACAGAAUGUCCGGUGAUAUGGAGAGGCAGCAGCAGUUCACCAGAUCACAUAUGCAUGGACCUCAGGUGUCAGCUAUGGGUUCAUCUUCUCUGCAGCAUCACUCAGUAGCACAGAAUCUCGAUCCCCAUUGGUUGCCUCAGUCCAGAAGCCACUCUCCAGGCUUUAGGGCACCUUCCCCUUUGCCACGGCCUCUGAUGCAACCAAUGUUUGGCCACAGAACACGUGCAGGAAAUAGCCAACAGGAUAGUUUGUGGCUGGCGCUCAGCGUGCUGUCCAGUUGGGAAGACAGGCACCAACUGUGCCAGUUCAAAUUCAAACAUCCAGAGGGCCUUCAUAUCCGGUAAAUGCUGAUGGAAUUAGAGCACCAUCAGGAGAGCAGCGAGGGAACAUAGGUGGCAUGCUGACAGCGGUUUCAAGGGCUGAUUUGCCUUCAGAGCAAACUUGGCGGCCCCCAGGUCGGAUGCGAGGAAGCCUUUUGCCUGGAGCUUAUUCUGCGGCUCUGGAUCCCUUGAUAAUUCGGCCAACCCAGUCUGCCCAGGCAACAAGACCACCAGUCCAAUCACCUCCAGCAUCAGGACCAUCAAUUACACCAUUUCAACUGCCUACACACCUGCAGAUGAUGCUUCUCACGAAUAACUCAAUGACUGAGUCUGCUAGUGGGGCUGUAGCCCCUGGUUUGCUGCCCGAGCAAUCUCCAGGGAUGCGGUGAUGUUGACAUCUGAUGUGCAUCAUCUUAGGAUAAAGUCAGAAAGAGAUGUACAAAGAAAUACAUCCUAUUAUAUAUCUUGUAAUCAUCUUGUAAAGUUUGUUUUUGGCCCUACACCUGGUAAAAUUUGUAAUAUACUGGAAUUUGAGACUUCUCAUCCUCGAAAAAAUGGGAGAGAGAUUUAGGAAGUACUUUUGUUUGGUUGGUUAUUAUGGAGGGAUGUACAAGUUGUCUGUACAUGAAUGAAAAUCUUAUGAUAGGUAGCUACAUAUUGUAAUAA